AUGUAAUUUAACCCAGUAUACCCAACAUAUCAUCAUUUUGGCAUGAUAAUUUUUUAUCAUUAAAAAUGAUUGAGAUUUUUACAUUCCUUUCUUUAGAACUCAGACUUUGAGACCUGGGAUGUAUUUUACUCUUGCAUAACAAUUUGGACUGGCCCCAUGUCAAAUGCUCAAUAGCCUCAUGUGGCUUGUGACUACUGCAUUGGACAAUGAAAUUCUAGGGAUGAGGAUCAGGCCAAUGCCAUCUGUACCAGAUGCAGGAAGCGCUUCGCUACAAACCCUGCUGCUCAAGGGAGAGGCCUGCCUUCCCCACACAGGUGCCCUCUCCUGGGGCCUCAGCCCCACCCUGCUAAAGCUUGCUGAUUUCAUGCCCAAAGAGGGACGAUUCUAUGCCACAGAUUCUGACCUAGGCUGUAGGUGCACUGUGCCUUGUCCUCUAACAGAAACAAUAACAUUAUUAGCACAUAGUUAGCACUUAGUAUGGACCCCACUAUGCACUAAGCCCAUCUUGAGCUGUGAAUCUUGUUAUCUUCACAGUGACUUUUACAAAGACAUGCUGUUAUUAUCCAUGUUUAAGGAGGAAACGGGCUCGAAGUUUGAUUACUUGGUGAGGCUCACACAGGUAGUGAGUGAAAGCUUGAACCCAGAGCCAUCUAAAUCCAAAGUAUUUUGUUCUUUUUUAAAAUUUAAUUAAAUUAUUUAUUUAUUCUAAUCUGUUAUAUGUGAUGGCAGAAUGCAAUUCAUUUCAUAUUACACAUAUAGAGCAACAAUUUUUCAAGUCACUGGUUGUAUACAUUUUCACAUCAUUCAUGUCUUCAUACAUGUUCUUAGGGUAAUGAUGUCUAACUCAUUCCACUGUAUUUCCUACCCCCAUGCCCCCUCCAUUCCCCUCCCUCCCCAUUGCCCUAUCGAAAGUUCCUCCAUUCCUUUCACGUUCCCCCAUUUGUUCUUAACAGAGAGAAAACACAGACUUAGGUCCAUCCAUGGCAACAUGGGAACUGAGCCCAAGCUCCUGAGUCUUCAUCUAAGGCUCUCAUUGGCCUUUCAAAAGUCUCUGUACCAAGUGGGAAUGCUUUGGAGACUAAAGUGCCAUUGAGGAUGACUGUCACAUGGAAGGCUAUAUAUGAGACAUGUAGCAUCUCCAGACCCAGCCCUCCAACAGCUAUCAGCCAGGAUCUAUAACAGCUGGCAUGUUUUUAUUACAAUAAGAUAGUACAGUCUUUGAAAGUCAUAUAAUAAUGUUUGUGUGUUACGAACUAAGACAUUAACUCAUAAAUGAUAGGCAUAGAUUACAAACAUCUUUGUAGACUUUGUAGAUGAAAGUUGGCUGUCAUUCAUGGUAUGAUAAUUAUUGUUGUUAUUGUUCAUUAGAUUAUGUGCCAGGGAGCUCACAUUAGCCCAGCUUGCAGAGAUAGCUCCGGCAAACUCCAAUACCUUGAAUUUUCUGUCCCCACUGGGCUCCAGCACCUGGAAGUUUUUGAGGUUUGCUUAUAGAAAUACUGCAAUAAAAACCCAGCGUGUGUGCAAACUAACCAGCCAGGCAUCGUCAGCAUUAGUUGAUUUGCCCAGUACUGUCAGGGGUCCUCAUCAAUCUUGGGGUUCUAGCAGCACUCCUGGCAGAGAGACACCUAAAAACCUGUAGACAGGAUGGAGGGACCCCAGCCCUCACCACCAACCAAGACCCAAGAUGGGAGAGGGGCCAGAAAUCCAGCCACCAGCCUCAGGAAAGAGAGGCCCAAAGACUGUGCUAAGCCUUCCCUGGUCUUGCUGAAUGGGGUUACCAUGAAGACCAUCUGAAUCCAUUUCAGUCUCUGAGGCCCACUCUGAGUCUCACCUCCCUCACAGAAAUGGAUCCUGACAUUUCAGCUGCCUUCUCCCAUCCCAUCCACCCCAAUGUCCUGUAGUAUUGAAAGCUGUGUCUCUGCCUUAUAUUGUUAGCAACAUACUUUCUGUCUGGUUGUGCCCUUUCUUUCCAUUCCCAGCCUCCUGUGACCUCUCCCAGAGACCAUGAUGUGUGGACUCGGGACCUCUCUAAUGAUCUGGUUGGUAAGCCCCACUAAGUUCCAGAGAGAGCAUAAGGGGGCUGUUUCAUGAUUGCAAGUGUAUGCCAUGUCUUUAAUUAACUUUUCAUUUGGCUUUGUAUAUCUCUCCAUCUAAAAUAGACUACCUUUAAGAAUCAGGCAGGCUUUUGGUAGUUAGUUAGUCUUCAUUUUAGAGUAUCUGUCUGACCUGUCUUGGUUCAAUCAGUGACAAUACAUGGCUGGACCAAGUGAGGGGGUUGUGCCCCCAUCCAGUCAGCCUCCUUUGAUGCUGGUCACUUGCAUAAUACCUCAUAACUUUCUUUUAUUGCAGUUACUCCAAGUACCCAGAACAGUGCCUGGCAGGUGCUUAGUACAAACUAGUUCUGUAUGAAUCAGUUUGGCUUCUGGAGGAGAGGGCAUGGUUGGAAGGAGGAGAGUUAGGACCUAGGGUGCUCAGCAGCUUUCUCGGGGCUUCAUCUGUGAAGAAAAGUAAGGUCAGCUACAGACGGGCUGUGCAGUAAUGGAAAACAUAAUGGCCUAGGAAUCUGGGACCUGCAGAUCACUUUCCUGUGCUAAGGUUUAUUUUCUAUGUGACCUUGAGAAAGUCUUGCAAGUUGAAGGAAAUGUGUUUGUGAAAUUGCUUCAUAAACCUUAAAACGGCAUAGUGAAAUGUUAUUCAUCACCCCAAGAUCUGCUCCCUGCCUACUUGUUCAAAUGUAUUUCUUCUUAAUUUAGUUAGGGUAUACCAAUCAUUGAAAAAUGUUUUUCUCUCCUUAUGGCAAACACAAUAAAUUGUAAUAAUAAAAAAGUUAGAAGAUUCAGAAGAAAAUAAAAAUAAUUUCUUAGGAUUACCAUCUAGAAAUAAUACUAUUAACAUCGUAUGUUUGGCCAAAUAGUUUUUUUUUUUUCUAAAUAAGAUCCCAGGAGUUGGCAGCUAUGGGCAGGACAGGGCAGCAAUCUCUUCCUGUCCUUCUACUCCCCUGGCUUUGCUGUGGGCUCCUGCCUGGGAAACAACUAGAGGGUGGAGCCUCCCCUCUGUGGCUGCUGCAGCAUCCUAGUAGCAAUGCCAGUGGGUCGGGGGACUGGAGUGGGUACCCCAGGGGGCUUAAAGAAGGGGUUAUCUUCUGCAAGUACAUUUCACUAUCUGAUAGUGUCUGGUGUUUAUUGCCUGUCUCUCUCCUAUGAUGUAAGCUCCAUGAAGACAACAUUUGCUAAACUUGCCUAUUACUAAUCCUUUGAUACCCAAAGGAGGGUCUGCACCUCGUAAAUAUUCAUUGAAUAAACAGAACACUCAAGCACUCUGUUACCUCAUAUAGAAUGAGAAGUACUUGAAGAAUAUUCCUCAGAUGGAUUGUGUACAUGAGCUCCACCAAGGCUGUAUUCAAUGGUGGAGUUCAAAUCACCAGUAGCAAAAGCGCCUUCCAGAAGUGAAGAGAUUACCAGUUCUCAGAGAGCAGGGAGCCACAGGUUCGGAAAAGACAGAGAAGUUGGCCGAUCCGUAUGGCUACCCCUGGUGAGAGAGUGGUCCGCAGACCCCAGGGACUUGGUGGGGAGCCGGAUGGGAGCGGCGCCUGCCUGAGUCCGCAGCACCACCUGGAGCGCAGGGAGACCCUGGAGCAGGCGCCAGGCCAGCUGGCCAUGCUGAGGAAGUCGCAGGAAUUUUUCCAGACCUGUGAUGCCGAAGGCAAGGGCUUCAUCGCCAGAAGGGACUUGCAGAGGCUCCACAAGGAGCUGCCCCUCAGCCUGGAGGAACUGGAAGAUGUGUUCGAUGCCCUGGAUGCUGAUGGAAAUGGCUUCCUGACCCCGGAGGAGUUCACCACUGGAUUUAGUCACUUCUUCUUCAGCCAGAAUAAUCCAGGUCAGGAGGAUGCAGGUGAACAGGUGGCCCGGCUCCAAGAGGAGAAGGUGUACCAGUUCCGAGGGGAUGAAGAUUUGGGCAACAUGGACCAAGAUGAGGAAGCUGAUCAGUUCCAGAGGUUGAUGGACAAACUAGGAGCCCAAAAAGUUUUGGAAGACGAAGACGACGUGAAGCAACUCUGGCUGCAGCUGAAGAAGGACGAACCUCACUUGCUGUCCAACUUUGAAGAUUUUCUAACCAGAAUCAUCUCCCAACUCCAAGAAGCCCAUGAGGAGAAGAUUGAACUGGAACGCGCCCUAAAAAGGAAAAUCGCUGCUUAUGAUGAAGAGAUCCAGCAUCUCUAUGAGGAGAUGGAACAACAAAUCAAAAGCGAGAGGGAGCAGUUUCUCCUGAAAGACACGGAGAGGUUCCAGGCCCGCAGUCAGGAGCUGGAAAAGAAGCUAAUUGCUAAGGAGCAGGAGCUGGAGAGACUCAACCAGAAGCAGAAAAGGCUGGAAGGCCAGUGCACAGCCCUGCAUAACGACAAGCACGAGACCACGGCUGAGAAUACCAAGCUAAAGCUUACUAACCAGGAGCUGGCACGGGAGCUGGAGCGGACGGCCCGGGAGCUCCAGGAUGCUCAGCAGCAGCUGGAAAUCCUCCAGCAAGAGGCCUGUAAACUGCAGCAGGAGAAGGAGCUGUAAGUACCAUUUUGUACCC